GCUUAGUAGAAUUCCUCAUACUGUUCGCCAAUCUGCCGCAGUCAGGUGAGUCGCGCGUUUCCAACUGUCACGUCACUGCCGGCAUUGGCGCUUGUAUCCGUCUGCCAAUGCUCUGACGCUGCUUAUAAGCCCUGAAUGCUAUGAUGAAGUUAAAGUGGCGACCUGCUCACUUACAGGAGGCCCCCGAGCUUACAUCUCCACACAUCCGGGCCAUACAACGCCGCGCCCAUCCACAGAAUAUGUGCUAGGGCCGGUCCUACAGAACGUAAACCAAGCAUCGGGCGCCUAGAAGUGCCGACUGGUCGCUCAACCUGCUCGUUGUCGGGAGGCCAGCGCGUUAACUAAGGGCAAUUAUGGACUCCCGCAGCGGAGGGCUCGGCAGGGCCCGCAGCACGCAACCAUCUCAUCACCGGUCAGGAUGGCGGCAACAGCAGCUAUGCUCGGACCUAUACACAGAAGCCCGCCCAACCCUUCCUCGGGUUUCCCGCACUGCUCGUGCCGCCGUGGGCCGGUCGCCCGUGCAUCACCUGGCGCCAUUGCUGGUGCUGGCAGCGCUCUCUCUGAUGGCAACGCUUUCCCCAGCGGAAUCCAGGGACGCCGCGCCGGACGGCGGCGGACGGCGGAGCUACGCCGCCGCAGCCAACUACACCACACUCAACUGCAAGCGGUUCCACCCCACCUACGCCCAGAUAGACACUGACCUGCACGUGCACCGGCAGCUCGGCACUCACCUCAACGCCACACGCUUCAUCGACUCGCACCUGUCCAAACGGAUGAGCGGCCUCACAGUCGGGUUCUUCGGCGGACGCGCCUACCUGCUGACGCCCACCGACUUCCCAGCCAUGAGCCACCACGCCAAGCUGCAGGCCGCCUACAUCAGGCAGCUGCUGCACCUGCAGGACACCUUCGGGGCGCACCUCCCGGAUGUGGUUUUCGUGGUCACCACAGGGGACACGCCCAAGCACUGCUCCACGCACGUGCUCAACGCCAGCACCCCCCGGCCCUACAACUUCAAGGGCACAGGCUGCAGCCACUCGGCCGGCUUCGUGCCGGGGCCCUACCCGGUCACGGGCAUUGGCAAGAGCGACUGGUGGCCGGACCUGCUGCUUGUGCCCAACUUCCACUUCCACAGCAGGUUGUACGACACGCGGACGCUGGGGCUGGUGCAGGAGUACGGCCGGGUGCCCUGGGCGCAGCGCAAAGCCGUCCUGUUCGGCAGGUUCAGCCGUUACCACAUGAACCGUGCCGCCGUCGACCCUAGCACAUACAAGGCGGGUGUGGGCGGUCGGCAGAUAUGCUACAACGGCAACAAGACCUGUCCCACACGUGCUGAGUUCAUACAACAAAUUGCUGACAAGAACCCCACCCGCAUCGACGUGUCAACACGCGCCAAGCAGCCCAUGGAGACACACGCCAAGUACAAGUACCUUGUGAACCUGGAGGGACAGGGCAUCUCCUCCCGCAUGGAGCAGCUGCUGCCUCUGGGCAGUGCCGUGUUCAAACAAGCGUCCGGGUACUAUGCCUACUACUACCGCACGCUUCUCAAGCACCGCGUCAACAUAAUUGAGUUCUGGAGGAAGGUUCCCGAAGAGGUGUUGGAGGAGUUGGACUGGGCGGCGGUGCACGACGGCGAGGUUGAGGCCAUUGCGGCGGCUGGCGUGUCAUUAGCCCAGACGUACCUGGUGGGCGCCGGCCGCACCUGCUACUGGUACCGCCUGCUGCACGGGCUGUCGGGAGCACUGGCCUACACGCCGCAGCUGUCGCAGUGGCCUCAGGCGCGCCUGCUGCGGGAGGUGCUGGAGCGCGACAUGCCGUCCACGCCUGAGGGCCGCGAGGCGUACGCGGUGCCCUGGGCGCCAUAGCGCGUGCGUGCAUGCAUGCGUGCGUGUGCGGCAGUGUGGAAGCUGGCUAGGGCAGUGUGGAAGCUGGCUAGAUAGGGCAGUCUGGAAGCUGGGGCAAUUGCUGGGGCAAGGCCGCAGGGAGGCGGCAGGGAGCGGGGCUGGGCUGGGAGGCUAGGCAGGGGAGGUUGGGGGGGUAGGUAGGGUCGCAUGGUGGUGGUACGCGUAGGCACGCAGCCGUGCAAUCAAGUCGUGGUACGGUAGUGCUAGACUGCUAGUCAACAGCACAUAGGGGCCAUGAAUGGGUGCUGCCGCUUGUCGGAAGUAAGCCGCUGGCAUACGCACGCGCACAUGCAUGCGGUGAUGCCGACAUUGCGCGGGCGGACAAGGCACGUAAACCAGCUAGCCAUU